AUCACUUCCGGGUCAAAAUUUGGUGGCGUUGUUGUUUUCACGUUUCUGUUAUUCGUCAUCAGCUCCACGUUAUCUGGUAGAUUUAUCGUGGCAUUUCAUGUGUUGUACUUUUGGAUAUCUCACUACCAAACACCCCGACUCGAUAUUGAUUAUCAGCAAAACUGUUCGGUGGUCCCUGUGUUCCCUCCUAAAGCUUUGGAAUGGGCAGUCAUUUCCGCAGCUACAUCUGGGACCCGGUCCUCAUUUUGUCUCAGAUUGUGUUGAUGCAAUGCAUCUACUACAGCUUCCUGGGUCUGUGGCUGGCUGUUGUGGACAGUCUUGUACAAACCAACAGAUCACUGGACCAGAUCUUCAGUUAUGAGGUUCUUGGAUUUGCAACAAUGCAGGGCAGACUCUCAAUGAUGGCGUUCAUCUUGAACUCACUUACCUGUGCCCUGGGCUUGUUGUUCUUUAUCCGCCGAGGGAAGCAGUGUCUGGACUUCACUAUCACCGUGCACUUCUUCCACAUGAUAGGCUGUUGGAUCUACAAUGCCCACCUCCCGGCGGCCCUGUCCUGGUGGCUGGUCAACGUGGCCUGCAUGGCUCUGAUGGCCGUGAUUGGAGAGUACCUAUGCAUGCGGACUGAGCUCAGGGCCAUCCCAGUCAACAGUGGACCUAAGUCUAACCUUUGACUGCUGACCACCUGACCUGACCCCACUCUGUGACUCUGGCUCACUCCCUGUGAACUGUUCACUGACAGUAUUCUGCCCAGUAUGAUGUAGGCUAUGACAUUUGUGCCCAAAGACUUGGUGGGACUGGGAUGUGAGCUGCAAUAACGCAGUAGUUGGAUCUAGAGACAGAGAUGCUUCAAGUUGGAACAUUGCACACCUCUCAAUAGAUUCAAGGACUUGGAAAUUAACUGAAAUGGGGCUGGUUGCUGUAUUUAUUUGUAAACACGUACUACCUGUCUAACAGUGAAUGCCAACUUUUUCCUCGACCCACUAAGAUAUCACUUGCUUUGAGACAGUUCAAAGCAGAGUUUAGUUUGUCUUACAAAGAUCUUAAUGGUUUCAUGAUUUGAUUAAAUAAUGAUGAUAUCACAUGAUUGUGGCAAAAUGAUUGUCAUGCACAUGCUUUCGGUUAUGUCCUUUCCAGUUGAGAAAAAUAAAAACGAUAACAAACUAGUCAUACAUGUAAACAACAGAUCACCACAUAUGGAAUUCUAUUUUAUUCCUCAUUAUAGUUUGUGAGCUUGAGGGGUGAAAGGAAUCAGCAAUGCUCAUCCAUACGUCAACAUUAUGAAGUUUACAUGACAACGCUAUAAGAGCAGCAAGUAUCUGAUAAUCAUCGCUUAGCAUGAUCAUAGUGUUGUGUGUGUACAAGAUGUGAUGCUGUGGAGAGCAGAUGGCUCCUCUGGGGAUGGUCUGUCAGCCACCAGCUGUGUUCUGACAAGAUGCUGUCACUGUGUGUGUGCCUGACUGUGUGCUCAAUGGUGCAGUGACUGCCAUCUAUGGUCAAAUUAUACAUAAACCUAUUUUAGUAAGCAUGCUUAGUGCUCCUGGUUCUCUGCUGAUUUUCAAUGCACUUUCUCUUUCCUUCUCAUAUCCUAUUAUUUGUAAAAAUGAUUUUCAGCCUGUCUGGACCUUACACAUUUUUAUAUCAUUUUGAACUUUGUGUGAGAUCACAGAGGUUUUACUUGAAUUGCGGUGAAAAUCUGGAGUAUGCAGUGAGAGCUUUCUACACCUCACCUGUUAAAUUUUUUCCUCUGGCAUUGCUGCCGUGGUUUUAUAUAACCAAGGUAUUGAACUCUUGAUAAUAAGUGGGACCAUUUGGUGUCUUAAGACCAAAUCUUUUUUUUUUGGUUUAUAGUCACCACAAAGAGUGCUUCUCUUCACAUCACAUAUUUGACUCAUAUGUGAUCUUAACAUAUACUCUGAGAUUAUCUGGGAUGGUUAUUCUCAGAUUUUAAACCACAAGUCCUGUUUUUUCAGGACUUGCGGUUUAAUGAAAUCAUAAUUGCCUGCAGUAUUGUAGAUGCAUUUGUUGAAAAUUAGCUCUUGGUGUGGGAAUAAUCUAUUCGACUAGACUAGAUGAUAAGCACUCAGGAAAGUCAUGGUUCAGCAAAUUUUCUUGGACUUUGUAAGGUUUCUCUGUAAGGAAGUGCAAUGCUGUAGUUUCCACUUAUUGCAUCACUGGAUCCACGUUAAGAUUAUUUGUCUUAGAUCUGAAUAGAUAGAUCUGAAUAUUCAGUCAUUCAUUACUUGUCAGAUUUCUAUCCACCAGAGCAUUACUAGACAGUGCAGGAAGAAGUUACUUACUGCAACAUGCAAUACAGACCUACUUUCUUAUUAAGUGCAUUAUCAUUGGCACAGACAAAGGGAUCGUGUGCAUUGUAAUGUGGGAUAUUGUGGGUGAUACACUGGACUGUAGAAAUGUCAACGACCGGGGAGGCAACAUAAUGAGAGGCUUACACCACCACCACACAUGGAUGUUAGCCUCCCAUGGGGGAGUCCUGGGGGCCCUGAGCCCUGCUGCACCCUCUGCCUCUCCCCCACUCCCUCUGCAUUCUCUGUGGCCAGGUUGGGGAGAACAGAUGGUAGCCCACUAACAAGCGGCUGACUGCCAGCUGGGCUGUUCCAUACUGGAUCCAGUCCUGAUUAUUAGCACCUUGCCACGAGGACGACUAAAACAGAAACCAUGGUGCAGGGGAGGGACAUCAUAUCAACAAUAAGUGUCUCGUGGCUAAAAUCUAUCCUCUAUAACUGUGAUAAAGCAUAUACUGAGUAGGAGCAAGUAUGAUCUUGAUCUAGCAGAUCCCUCUGUGGUCAUGCAGGUAUAAACAGAAUAAUAUGUCAUAUUUCCAAACUUGAUACUUUAUUUCAAACACAUUACUUUGCAAUACAAUACUUAAUGUA